CGUCUUACCCUAUCUAGUGCACUUGAAUCAGAGGUCGGACGCCAUUUGUAAUUCAGCCGGUAUAUUCACUACGGAAGGAGGAACCUGGAGUUUACUCUAGUGUAAUAUAACAAAAACACGGCGUAAUUAAUCAAUAAUGGACCGUUUACGAGAUCGGUCAUUGUGUCUGGACUCUCCUUCUAAAAACAGUUACAUUGGAAGCUAUUACGCACCUCCGGACAGGAUGACCCAUCAGAACCAGAACAAGUCCAGUAACACCCUGAUGAGAACCAGUAGACAGACACCUCACCCAGCACCGGACACUGGGAGCAGAGUGAUCGCAGCACUGAAAUCUCUGCAGGAGAAGAUGAGGAGGCUGGAGCUGGAGCGUCUGCAGGCAGAGAAGAACGUGGAACAGUUUGCUCAGGCUGCUCGACAGUGUGGAAGCCAGACCAGCCAGCAGUCACAGAGCAGAGACGGAGAAUCCUCCAAGAGGAAAGAGCUGGUGUCCAAGUUACACUCGGCCGAAGCUCGGUGCUCUCUGUUAGAAAAACAACUGGAAUACAUGAGGAAGUUGGUGGAGAGCGCACAGAGAGAGAAACCUGCUCCAGCGGAUAGAGACAGAGAGGAAAAGACGAACAAACAACCCACAGAGCCACAGAUCCAGGCUCAGUUACAGAAACUGGAGGAGGAGUGUAUUAAGCUUACUAACACACAGACUGAGGCAGAGAGGAAGAUUAAACUCCUGGAACGGAAGUUACUCGAAGAGGAACACGAGCGCAAACUGGUGCAGGAGAAAGCAGAGGAGUUACAGAGAGAGCUGGAGGCUAACCUGCUCUGUUCAGCAGCUGAGGAGAAACCCAAGAAGAAGAAGAAGACCAUGAUUAAGAAAUCCGUUAAUCCUGAGGUUCCACGACGUGCAACCGCUAAGAGAAUGCCGUUCGUCGCUGGAACAGUGAGUGUCCAUCUUCCAAGAUAUUUACAUUACAAGGAUCGUUGUUCUAAAUUUCUUUACGUCUCUCUGUGCCAGUCAACAAGCCCUAGUCACUCGGUCAACGCCAAUGUUCAGACUGUGCUGCAUCUUCUGAAGACCAGACAGCCUCGUCUGUGCGAGAGGACGCAGAGUAUGCGUGGCGCCGAGCCGAAAAGACACGGCGGCUCUCACCGAGCCUCGCAAUCCCAAAGCGACGGAGCUGCAGCUAUGGGCAGCCUUUCAGACCUGCUGCUCGCGCUACAGGAUGAACUGGGCCACAUGAGCUUUGAACAUCAGGAGCUGGUCAGACAGAUAGACGAGACGGAUCAACGCAAGCUGAGGGAGGAUCUGGAGAGAGAGCUGGACUGCUUAGUCAGGAGGAUGGAGGAGAAGGCGGCUCAGAUCACCAAGCUACGCAAACACCAGCAAACCGUCCAAAAGCUGUCCCAAUGCAGCCCGAAACUGAAACCGAAGCCGAGGCGAGCCGUUAGCGCUGACAGAGUACAGGUAGCGCCGCCCUCCUCCUCCUCCGUAGGUAAACCCUCACCUUCCAGAGCAAAGAGGCAUCAAAAGAGCGGUCAUGAUCGUCUACAGCUCCUCAGAGACGUCCAGAAGAUGCAGUCGAGUCUCCGCCAACAAGACAUCAGCUGGGAGACAUAAAGCCUUAAAGUCCUACUCAGCCUUAAGGACAGAAGGUGAGGAAGAACGCUGUUUUAUACCUGAAGGAUGUGAUGGUGUGUGUGUGUGUAUGUGUGUGAUGUAAUUGCUGAUUUUGAGGUAGAAUUUUAUCUUUGUGUACAUGUCCAUGUUUUUUUUUUCCACUUUCAUGCUUUAUUCCUUGUAUAAAUAUUUAAUAUGUUUUAAUAAAAUGACUUGAUUCGCAUGAUUUGCUCUCUUGGUCAGUGCUGUCUGAACAUCUGUAGACAAGAAGUGGCUUUACAUUGGACAGUGGACUGUCCUUUCACAUCACUGAUUCACACUCUACCAAGUUAAAACCAUGUAUUAACAUUUUUCUCCC